GGGCGCCAUCGCCGCUUCCCGCCGGCCGCGCUGAGGCGGCUGCAGCGCGCGGCCCCCCGCGGCCGCCAUUUUGCGCGGUGGAAGCGGCGGGAGGCGCUGGGUGCUCGUUCCUCGGCGCAGGGAGCGGAGCCCGGCCGUGAGGGGCCUCAGGGCCUCGCAGGCACGGACAGCAGCGCAGUGAGCCGGGGUGCGCUGUGCUUAGCUCAGGUUUGUUUGGGUCAGCACCCUUGAAGGUUGUGACCUUCACUUUGGGCCCCUGGAGAGAGCAUACGUGUGCUGAGGAAAGGAUUUGUUAAUUUAGGAGGAAGGUGAAAAGUAAAGUGGCUUCAAAACGGAGCAAAUUCCCUCGUGGCCUGCAGUGUUUGUAGUAAGGUGUUUGUUAAAGCAGAUACAUGAGAGAGGUUUUUGCUCCCAGGAUUUGGCAAACACUUCUCAGGAAAUGUGAUUCAGUGGUCUGUUCUGCCCCUGCAAACACCUACUCCCUCAUUCUGCCACCUGGAAUAUGCAUUUUCCCUUCGGAACCCAACCGCACUGAGCGUGUGGAAAAGACACUUUGUUUCCUGGCCAUCUUGGAAACAUUUUGGGCUCCUCCCCACCACUCCCACACCCGCCUUUUUUGCGUUCUUUUUCGUUAAAAGUCUGAGAGACUUUUCCCUGUUCCCCAGCUGGAGCAGGUGGGUGAAUGCAGAGCUGCAUAAAGGACUGUGUUUCUUUUAGAUUUCCAAUCUUGUAGAAUGACCACGAUACCUUCUGUUAUUUUUAUUUACAUUAUCAAGCAAUUUGGAUUAAUAGAGUUGGUCAAGGAAAAAAUAACACAGAGAGCAGAGCAGGGGCCCGAGAAAUCAAACACUGUGCAUAACAAAGGCUACUCAAGAAUGGGAGUAGUAAAUCCAGACUAUUUAAAUGGAAGUAGCAUAAUCACAUUUGAUUAUUCUCUACCUGAGAUGGAAAAACCAUUUCGUACUGGUGUUUUGUAUUUGCAGCUCCUUGUAGCUGAUGGAGCGGUGGUUAUUCACUUGGAUAGGCACUAACACAGAUUAUUACUACUUCAAUAGCAUCUUGAUUAGUUCUCCUCACAGAUACUUUCUGCUGCCACUACCGAUACCAAGCCUGAGCGUUCUUGCUUGAGAUUACUGACACUAAAAGCUUGGAGGCAAAAUUAAACACCUUUGUUAGAUUUAUCAGUGUGAUUUCUAAAUUCUAUAUUUACUAAUGUGAAGGGGAAGGUGGCAAGACCUGGCAGUGGGCGACUGGCAGAAAUUGGCAUAAGUGGUACUGCAGAUUUACAGUGUGUAAAAGGAACAUUGACAGAUUUCUUGUUUGAAGUUCUUCAUUGUGUUCCCAGAUAUUUUUGAUUGCAUGCUCUAUAUUCUGGUAUUGUGAAAUGUUUUCUUUUUUAAAUUUGAAACCUCUGGAAUAUUUGAAGGUUUAUAGAUACCGUGAAAGAAAAGUUCUUUUAAAAUUUUUGAUUCACAGCUGACAGUCUACAGUAAUUAAACCUAAAGCCUAUUUGCAAGGUACUCUUAAAGAUCCUUUUCAUAUAUUACUAAUUAAAUGCUGGAGUACAAAAGAAGUGUCACCUUUGGUUUUGUCUCUGUAGAUAAAGAAGUAAGCUUUGCUUUGUUAUUUUACCCCCAGAGUUGGCCUUUAUUGAACUCCAUAAACUUAAUUUACCAUUUGUUUCAGUGAGUCUCAGGUUUUUGACUCAUGAAAUUUGUGGGGUAUUCGUUUAGUAAGAUCUUUGCUUUUUAAAAUUGUCCUCAAGCAAUAUUAAGAGCUGUGAAACUUCUCAACAGAAAGGCAUGAAGAAGCAUUUCUAAUGACUACAGGAUGAAAAACACUGAAAUUAGGUGGAGUAUUUUUAAUACUGGUGUAUACAAUAAAUAAUUUAGAAAUAAUCUCUGGUCCUGAUGUUUCAGAACAAACCUGUUAAUAUCUUUAAGGUGUUGGGCCCAUACUCCAAUUAUCCAGACUAAGAGACCACAUUUGAUCUGAAAAUGUUCAAUGCUGCAGACAUGGUCUUUUCACUGGAUAAUUUAUUUUAUGAAAAACCAGAUAUGAGACAAAGGUGUCUGGAAAAUGAAGAUCAUAAGACUUGGUUUAUUGCACCUGCUCCAGCUAUUGCUGAAAUUCCAGCUGCUGAGGAAUUACAGAGGGAACUGGAAAAAAACUCAGCCAACACUCCCAUGGUUUUUGUAGGAGGGAGAAAGCAGGAGAAGUUUAUACAACAAUGUAAGAGUAACACAGAGAAAGUAGAAGAUAAAUCAUCAGCACCUGUUCAUUUUGGUAUAGGCCCUGAAAAAGAAGUUCUACAAUUAAGUGUAGGAGAAAGAGAUAAAAUUAGUGUUCAGCGUGAAAAUCUGCAAGUGGUUUCAUCUUUUCUUUCCUUUGAUGAAAAUAAAAGAGUAGUAGAUUUUUCUCAGCAACUGCAAAAUAAAGCAUUCAGUGAAAACAGUGAUGAUGAGAGUGUCCAUUCAACAUUAAGAAAAAGCUUAUUUAAAAAGUCUGGCAAUGUGCAUAAAAAUACAGAAUUUAAAGCUGAUUCUGUUGAUGUGAAAGAAAUUGGUACUUACUUACAUACAAGUGAAAACAUGAAAGAGGUGACAAAAGAAGGUUUUUUGAGAAAUCACCAUCAUGCUCCAAUAACUAGAGACUCAGAUUUAACUUUGCAUAGGGUAAAUAAUGAAGAGAGUCUGUCUGAAAAUCGAAUUAAAAUUCAAACAUUUUCUAAUGCUUCAGAGAUUUUGGAUAUGACAGGAACUACAGGAAGAAAAUUGGAAAUUUUGAGGGCUGUUACAGAAAUACCAACCCAAUUUAGAAGUAUUUUUAAGGAGUUCCCAUAUUUUAACUAUGCACAGUCAAAAGCUUUGGAUGAUCUUUUAUAUACAGAUAGGAACUUUGUGAUUUGUGCUCCAACUGGCUCUGGAAAGACUGUAAUGUUCGAACUAGCUAUUACCAGAUUACUAAUGGAAGCUCCACUGCCUUGGUUAAAUAUUAAAGUUGUUUACAUGGCUCCAAUAAAAGCUCUAUGUAGUCAGCGUUUUGAUGACUGGAAAGAAAAAUUUGGACCUAUAGGACUCACCUGCAAGGAGUUGACAGGAGAUACACUGAUGGAUGAUUUAUUUGAAAUACAUCAUGCUGACAUUAUUAUCACUACACCUGAAAAGUGGGAUAGCAUGACUAGAAGGUGGAGAGACAACUCUAUAGUCCAGCUUGUGCGACUGUUUCUCAUCGAUGAAGUACACGUAAUAAAGGAUGAAAGCCGUGGUGCAACCUUGGAAGUUGUAGUCAGUCGGAUGAAAACUAUUCAGUCUUCUCUUUGGCGUCUCUUAGAGAAGCAUGACACUGUUCCUCCCUUGAGAUUUGUAGCUGUUUCUGCAACAAUCCCAAAUACUCAAGAUAUUGCAGAAUGGCUUUCGGAUACUAAGAUGCCUGCUGUAUGCCUGAAAAUAGAUGAGGAUCAACGACCAGUGAAGCUACGCAAAAUUGUGCUUGGUUUUCCUUGCAGUGACAAUCAGACAGAAUUCAAAUUUGACUUAACUCUUAACUACAAGAUAGCUACCGUUAUACAAACAUACUCAGAGCAAAAACCAGCACUUGUGUUUUGUGCCACAAGAAAAGGAGUACAGCAGGCUGCUUCUGUUCUUGCAAAAGAUGCUAAAUUUCUACUGAGUAUAGAACAGAAACAAAGAUUACAGGGGUUUGCAAAUUCAUUGAAAGACUCCAAACUGAGAGACCUUUUGACAUAUGGUGUGGCUUAUCAUCAUGCGGGUAUGGAGAUAUCGGACAGAAAAAUAAUUGAAGGCGCUUUUACUGCAGGAGACUUGCCAGUACUUUUUACUACUAGCACCUUAGCUAUGGGAGUCAACCUGCCCGCACACCUGGUGAUUAUAAAAUCCACAAUGCAUUAUGUUGGAGGAGUGUUUCAAGAGUACAGUGAAACUGAUAUUCUGCAAAUGAUUGGGAGAGCUGGAAGGCCUCAGUUUGACACUACCGCUACAGCAGUCAUUAUGACUCGUUGCAGUACCAGGGCGAGAUAUAUACAGAUGUUAAAUGGUGCUGAUAUAAUAGAGAGCAGCUUGCACAGGCACCUUGUUGAACACUUAAAUGCUGAAAUAGUGCUGCAUACUGUCACGGAUGUCAGUGUAGCUUUGGAAUGGAUACGAUCAACAUUUUUGUACAUUAGAGCCUUAAAAAAUCCAACUCAUUAUGGUUUUUCAUCUGGAUUAGAUAAAGUUGGAAUUGAAGCAAAAUUACAAGAACUGUGUCUGAAGAACUUAAAUGAUUUAUCAUCUUUUGAUUUGAUCAGGAUGGAUGAAGCAAAUAAUUUCAAACCAACAGACACUGGAAGAUUAAUGGCGUGGUAUUACAUUGCAUUCAAUACAGUGAAGCAAUUUUUCACAAUUAAGGGAACUGAGACACUAAAUGAAUUGAUUACAAUGAUCUCCAGCUGCACAGAAUUUGUGGAUGUGAAGUUAAGAACAAAUGAAAAGAAAAUAUUGAACGCUUUGAAUAAAGACAAAGACAAAAUAACUAUCAGGUUUCCAAUGGAGGGGAAGAUAAAAACAAGAGAAAUGAAAGUAAACUGUCUCAUUCAGGCUCAGCUGGGAUGUAUUCCUAUUCAAGACUUCACUCUGACACAAGAUACUGGCAGAAUAUUUAGAAAUGGCUUGAGAGUUACUAGAUGGCUCUCUGACUUUCUGUCAUCAUCUAAGAACAACUUCUCUGCUUUAUUAAACUCCUUGAUUUUAGCAAAGUGUUUCAGGUGUAGACUCUGGGAAAAUUCACUUCAUGUGUCUAAACAAUUGGAAAAAAUUGGUGUAUCAUUGUCAAAUGCUAUGGUAAAUGCUGGGCUGACAUCAUUUAAAAAAAUUGAAGACAUAAAUGCAAGGGAGCUUGAAUUGAUCUUAAACAGACAUCCUCCUUUUGGAAACCAGAUAAAGGAGUCUGUUUUGCAUCUUCCAAAGUAUGAACUUGAAAUUGAACAGCUUCCCAAGUACAGUGACACAUCGGCUGAAAUCUUAGUAACUGUCAAAUUAACAAACUAUGAGCAGCUCCAGACAAAGAGAACAGCGCCGGACUUUCACUAUGUUUCGUUGGUCAUAGGAGAUGCUGACAACCAAGUCAUUUUUAAUCAGAAAAUUAUGGAUUCUGUGCUCCUGAAAACUGGAAAUUGGAUGAAGAAAAUUGAAGUUAAAAGAGCUCUUAAAUCAGAAGAUAUCAGUAUAAAUUUAAUUAGUUCUGAUUAUGUUGGCCUUGAUAUACAGCGAGCAUAUACAGCCUUCUACUUAGCACCAAAACCAGAGGGACGUAAGGUGGUUACAAAUCAAAAAUUGAAAGCCGAAUCUACACUUGAUACAUGUUAUGGCUCACCCCAAAGCUUGCCAACAGCAAAAGUAGAUACAGGAGGCAGAUCUAAACAGGAGAUUGCUUACAAGAAAUAUGGAAACAGAGAAUGCAACCACCGCUGUAAAAAUAAAGAUGUGUGUGGGCAUGAUUGCUGUAAAACUGGAGUACCUCCAAAGUCACAGAUGAAUGGAGACACAACGUUUUCUUUGUACCUAGCUGAUUUAAGGAGCAGGAACUCAGUUUCAUCUAUACCCCCAGUAAAACGUCUAAAGAUGCAGAUGUUAAGUCAAGCUGAAAAUGUGGAUCUCAAACAAUUUGUAUUUACACCUAAGUCUUUAUUGCCAGCCUUGCCAAGGUCUAGCAAUAAACUGUCAUCUUCAUCACCUUCAGUGGAUCAGGCAGAUAAUAUUAAUACUUUAGAAGUAGCUCAGCAACAACUGCAAUCCUGGAAUUGUGGAAAGAAUAAAAGCAGAUACGGCUUUUCAGAUGCUUUGAAUGUGGACUUUGAACUGAGAAAUGACAUUUGGGAUGAUAUUGAUGAUGAUAAAUUGGUAUUUGCCAGUAAUUUUGUCAAUAGAGAAUUAGAACAUGGAAAUACCUGCCUUCAAAGUGCAGAUGAAUGUCAACCCCUCUGCCAGUAUACAACAAGCAAAGGCACAAAUAACAUUUCAAAAGUUUCAUGCACAGUACAAGAUGAGACCAAUAGUCAGAACUCAGAUGUUUCUGUGGUCAACAGCACAUCAAAAGUGAAUUUCUCUGUACAGAAUAGAAAUUUAACUUUGUUCAGUUUUCAUGAAAAAACACAUUCAAGUCCUUCUCAAGAGCAAAAAAAUGUACAGAGUUCUUCCAUCCCAGAAAUAAUCUCAGACUCUUCUAAAUCCACUAGGAAAGAAGAUUUUUUUAUUUUCACAAAAGAACAGGAAAAAGAAGUAGAUCCUAGAUUUCUUCUUGAUGAUGAAACCAAUGAUGUCAGGCCCUUUCUUGGAAUAUUUGAUGGUAUUUUGUGAAACAUGUAAACAAAAUACAUUGUAAGUGCUGGGGAAAGAAUUACAGUCAAUUUUACAGUGAAGGCUUCAGUCAAGAGAAUGUGAUUUCUGUUGUAUACCUGUUUAUUAAUAGCUGGAUUGCUGCAUAGAAUAUAUAAUAAAUUAGACACUAGUUUUGUUGUAGAAUUUAUAGAAUAUAAGAAUAACUUCUUGUUUUACAAGUAUUAAAAGUACUUUUUGUUUACCUUGCUGUUUUAAGGAUUAUAAAGAAAAAUAUUGAAAGCUCUCAAAGGAGAAUAGCUCAUAGUUUGAGGGUACUUUUAUAGAUAAGAGAAAAUCCCACUGGAGAAAGUAAAGUAUUCAGUGUUUGUAGUAACAUGUCCUGCUUCUCAAAUAAUCCUUUAGUGAAUGAAAGACUAUUUCCUUGGAAAUUUUUUAAUGUUUUUUGGGUUUUUCUUUCAGUUUCUCUAAAGCUGAAUUUUUCAUAGUGUUGAUUCUAUAAAAUAAUUAGAUUUAUAAAUAGAAGUAAUAGAAUGAUAGACUAUCCUAGAUUCUAGAUAUUCCUUUUGACAGUGCUAUGAAUGUGUUAAUAAAAAAGUGCAACUUAAGCAGGUAUGUUUCUAGAUUCUCAGCAAACCAGUUAUAAAAUGUCUGUAAAAAUACUCUAAAACUCUCUUGCCUGUUCAGUUUCAUACCCAAGGUCAUAAAAUUAACAUUCAUGUGUCCUAAUACAGAUUUAGUCACCAGGCAUUGGAUUUGGAUAUCUUUUUGUAGCUUUAGUGUUUGAAUAGCAGACCUUGCAAGUUCAGUAGUUAGUAGAAUAUAUGAUAUUGUCAAAAAUCCAAGAGAAUGUUAAUUUUUACUGUUAAUUAUUCAAAAUGUGAGGAAUUAAAAUGUUACAAUCACA